GUCUUUGUCCUGCUUUCAUUCAAGAACUCACAGAUAAGUUGACUUAUCCACAAUGGCAAAACACAACAUUAGCCUCAUCAUUGCCAUAUUGUUGGCAUUGCUUGUCUUCAUCGUCACUAUGGUGUUCUCUGCUCUGGCAGCGCCGGGAAUAUAUCCGUUUUUGGCAUCCACUGGGAACACAUCAGAAGAGUUUGUGACCCAGAUCACACCAUCAGGGUGGACUUUCAGCAUUUGGACGAUCAUUUACAUCUUUCUGGCUUUAGUGUUGGCCUUUGUCUUGUCUGGAACCUGUAGGAAGAAUGCCUAUGGUUACGUCUACUGCAGCCCUGCUAUUUUGCCACAUGGAUUCUUUGUGACUUGGUGCUUGAAUCUGGGUCUCAACACUGGAUGGUUGUUCCUGUGGGACAGAAGGUUGAUGCCCGCUGCGCUGGCUUUCCUCAUCCUAAUCGCUUUGACUAACUACAUCAUGAUAUUCUUCUCAUGCUAUGGUCUCCACAACUAUGGAGCCUGGCUCAACAAAUACCACAAAGUAGACCUGUGGCUCCACCGUGUGUUGGUUCAGAAUGGUAUUGCCAUAUAUGCAACAUGGACAACCAUUGCAUCCCUAGUUAACCUGACUAUUGUGCUGACUAAUGAUGGAAACAUGUCCCAGACGGAUGCAGGCACCCUUGCACUCUCUGUCUUGACUGUGGUGUUGUUUGUGUGGUUCAUCCUGGAAAACUCUGUCCUUGACAAACAUGUGAGGUACAUUCUCACCAUUUAUCCUGCUGUGAUCUGGGCACUGACCGGUGUUUUCACGAAAAACUAUGACGCUGCAGCUCCUACUCGCAAUAACAUCUUCAUUGCUGCACAGUUGGCUGUAGCCUGCACCCUGUUUGUCUCACGGGUAGUGCUGGUCAUCUGGAAGCACGUCAAAAAGCCAUUUUUCAAAGACGUCAACCCAGACGACAUGUCUCCGAUGGAGACUGCUGCGAAUCAGAAAAAGAUAUUUAAGUGAGAGUGUUGAAUGUUUUAUUGUUUUUAAUAAAA